AUGGUCCUCGGGCUUCAAGACUGGGCUGACUCAACCGUGCAAGAAUGGACCAGGCAAGUUAAGCUGGACUGGAAACGACUGAAGCGCCGCGAACACAUGGCACGUUUGAGAACUCAUAGGAAGAGCGAGCUUCAGUCUAUGCAGAGUGAACGCGCGCAACUCGAGCUUCAAUACAGACAACAUCUAGCGCUCUUGAAUCGCAAGUCCAAUGACAGCGAAAAGAGCCAUUCAAUGUACCAACUCGUCCUCGAAAGCGACGCUUUCCGAGCUGAAAACGUUGAGCUCCGGUUAAAACUCCAGCAACAUAGCCGCCUACAUUCUCUUAUUCUGGAAAACCUCGUCGUUUCUCAACCCGAGUACCAUGACUCAAGCAAGGAAAGCCUGUACGAAGCGAGUGCGAAGUCACCGUGGAAGUCACAUCCACAUUCGUUAGAUUCGGGUUGGCGUGUGAAUUUCCAGCACGGCAGGCCUUCCUUCUUCUUCCAUCCUUUCACACGGGAGGAGUUUGACUCCUCUAUCAAGCAAGCUUUGAGCACUUUUGGGGCAAGCCCACCGAAUAUUAAACAAGUGGGAGUGAUAUUCGGUUGGAAUGUCCAUUGCGCUCCACCGACUCGAAGAGAGGGCAAGUCCCUUGUCAGCCAUGCAAGAUUUACCACUCGUUUCGCGUCCUCAUUCGAUGAAACGAACAAAACGAUAGCGUUCACGGAGCUUGCGCUGCUACCACUGAUCAGUACACCUCCCAGGUGGAGUAGCCUUCAGCGCGAUCGCGUGAGUACCCAACUUUUACAAGAGUUCGAGAAGAACGCUUAUGUGAUGGCCUGUAACAUCCCUGGUCCAGUUCAUAUGCGCUACCUCUAUCUCUUGCGCAGGUUGCCGUGUACUGUGUCGAACGGGAAGCGCAGGGUUUCCUUCGUUCAGGUGAUCGCUACUACCAAAGCCAACGAGCGCAGUCGGUCAGCCGAAGCAUUGUAUAACGAAGUCGAAUGGGUGCAAGAGGGAGGCACGUUUACGACACUGACGGAGGUGGAUGAAAGAACAGUAGACGUAAGCUACGACCAGUGGGCAAGCUGUCACGAUGAUCACCACGCGCAAAGUCUCUUUAUCCAGUGGGCUCAAUUCGUAUCCCGUUUGUCACAAACGAUAGAGGCAUCUAGGCUUCUGGUACCUGGAGAAUAA